AAAAGCCCAAAAAAUAAAAGCCACACUCCCCCACUGCUCAGAAUUAAACUGAAGAAGAUGAGGGCAACUAUUCCAAAAGGCUUCCUCCGCUGGGUUCGCUGCAGGCGAGAGUCUGGUGGCAAAAGCACCAUUACCAUCAAAGGAGAAUUUGUCAUCUGUCACGGCCCUGCUUGGCUGUCGCGGCUUCCUGUUCCAAUUGCUUCCGUUCAGAUUUACAGCAACAUCCUAGAUUCAAGCACCGGCCUCGGACGCAUCAGUGGCAGAGCGUUUCUAGGGAGAGGAAAAACGAAGACAGAGCAUAAUCAGAAAAGAACAACCUACAAAUUAAAGUUUGAGGUGGUGCCUGAAUUUGGCACUCCCGGUGCUUUUCUGAUAAAAAACAGAUGGUGUCAUGAAUUCUUCCUCGAAUCCGCCACUCUCAGCUGCAAGUCACGAGUCGAGAAACAUUUCCUCUUCGACUGCAGAUCAUGGGUAUAUCCAUUCAAGAAGACGAAAACCCCACGAGUUUUCUUCUCCAAUACCAGUUAUCUCCCCGGAGAAACGCCUGAGGGUUUGAAGAAACUCAGGGAGUAUGAACUCAAGUGCUUGAGGGGAGAAUUGGUGGAAGAACUCCAACCCCGGGAGAGGAAAAAGUGGGAUCGGGUAUACGAAUAUGCUGAAUACAACGAUCUGGGUGAUCCUAACAGAGGACCAGAGUAUAGCAGACCUGUUUUGGGCGGCAAGAAACAUCCAUACCCACGAAGGCUGAAAACAAAUCGCCCUCUUUGCAAGCAAGAUUCUUCAACGGAAAGCCGACCUGUAACAAAAGACAUCGGUGCUUAUAUUCCUCCUGAUGAGAGACUUAGCCCCGAGAAAGUAAAAGAGCUGAAGACAAACUUAAUCAAGGCUAUCGUAUACUUUCUUUUGCCGGAGAAGGAAUCCCAUCUCAGGCCUCCCUUCUCGUUAAAGGAGAUAAUCAAAUGGUUCAAGGGGAUGAUCAAAUGGUUCAAGGAGAUGAUCAAAUCAAUUGAAAAAAGAAGAUUUCUGUCUUGGGAGAAAAAUAGUGGUUUCAACCAGAAUUUGAAUGAUAUGUUCAAAAUAUUCUCGGAUAAAAGUAGGCAACCAGUGCGGGGAUGGUUCAAAGACAAACUGAAGAGAUGGGUGCCAAAUGAUAAGCUUUACAAACAAAUUGUCUGUAAACAAAAAAUAUGCAAACCAAACUUAACCAUGGACUUGCCUUUGCCCUCAAUUAUAGCAGUGAAUAAAUGGGCCUGGAGGAGAGACGACGAGUUUGGACGCCAAAUGGUUGCAGGAACCAAUCCAGUCCGAAUCCGGCGCUUGCAGGAUCUGCCUCAAGAUAGCAAGAUUCUAAAGAAAAAACACAAACUGAAUAUAGAGAAGCACAUUAAUCAUAUUUGCGGAGGUUAUAAACAGUGGAUUCUUGAAGAGCUAAUCAAGUGUUUGGAGGUAAAGAAGCAGCAGAAGGGAACUCUUGAAGAGUUUGAUAAAGAUGAUGAGAAGAUUCUUGAAGAGCUAACCAAGUAUUGGGAGAAAAAGAAGAAGAGCUCUUAUGAUGCUUAUGUUGAUGAUAAGAGGAUUUCUGAAGAGCUAACCAAGUAUUGGGAGAAAAAGAAGACCCAAGAGAUAACUAUUGGAGAUGAAAACAAGAAUUUGAAGAUAAAGAAGUCCCAGGAGAUAACUAUUGAAGAGUUGUCAUUUCUGGAUAUAGAGGAACAGCCUCCAAAUAGCGAAAUUGAAACUCCAACUGACAAAUUAGAGAUAGAGAAGCACCUUAAUGUUGAUGAUGUUGAUGAGAGGAUUCUUGGAAUGGUAACCAAGUAUUUGGAGGUAAUACAGGAGGGCAAGAUAACUCUUGAACAGAUUGCAGAAUUAGGGCACAUAUUCAUCUUGGAUCACCAAGACCACCUGCGCAAAUACCUAGGGGAAGUAAACAGAAAUUCUGCUGGAGGUGUCCGUGCUUAUGCUUCCCUAACAUUGUUAUACCGCGAUUUCAAGGAUUUCAAAUUUAUACCAGUUGCAAUAGAACUUAGUUUAUCUUCCCAGAACCACAAGCUCAUUGUAGCACCAUCAUGUGAGGAUACGGAGCGGGAGACAAGUAACUACUUCAACGAAUGGGACUUGGCCAAAAUUCAUGUUGCUGCUAAUGAUUCAGCUCACCAUCUAUUAGUCAGCCAUUGGUUACAUACCCAUGCAGUAGUUGAGCCCUUCAUUAUUGCCACCAGAAGACGGCUAAGCAAGAUGCAUCCUAUAUAUUGUCUAUUAGAUCCACAUUUCAAAGACACCAUCCAUAUAAAUGCACUUUGUCGAGCCUUUUUCAUUAAUGCCGGUGGAAUUCUGGAGAAGACACUAUUUACAGGCAAAAUUUCCAUGGAGUUUUCCUCUGAGUUUUACAAGGAAUGGAGGUUUAACAGGCAAGCCCUCCCAUGCGAUCUUGCCAAAAGGGGUAUGGUUGAUAAUGUACCCAAGUCAAGUGAGCGACCUCAAAGCAACAUGGUUGAAAAUGUACCAAUCUUAAAUGAGCAACCUCAGAGGGAAGCCCUUUAUGGUGAUUCUAUCAAAAGCAGUAUGGUUGAAAAUGUACCCAUCUUAAAUGAGCAACCUCAAAGCAAUAUGGUUGAAAAUGUACCCAUCUUAAAUGAGCAACCUCAAAGGGAAGCCCUUCAUGGUGAUUCUAUCAAAAGCAAUAUGAUUGAAAAUGUUCCCAUCUUAAAUGAGCAACCUCAGAGGGAAGCCCUUCCUGGUGAUCCUGUCAAAAGCGGUAUAAGUAAGAAUGUACCCAUCUUAAUUGAGCAACCUGAGAAGGAACCCCUUCAUUGUUGUGACCCUGACAAAAGACAAACCAAGCCAGAUGAGGACGCUGGCCCUGAGGUUGACUGUAACUACUACCCCUAUGCUUCAGAUGGACUUAAGAUAUGGAAUGCAAUCGAAAGAUGGGUCAAAGGUUUCUGCGAAAUCUUCUAUAAAAGCGAUGAUUGUGUCCAGAAGGACGAGGAAAUCCAGCAAUGGUGGAAAGAAGUCCAGGAGAAAGGUCAUCCGGAUGUCUGUAAAGGCUGGGAUGAGUUGACAAAUCUUGAGAACCUAAUCCAGACCCUAACAACUAUAAUAUGGAUUGCUUCGGCCUUGCACGCUGCAGUGAAUUUUGGGGGGUAUGCAUAUGCUCUGACUCGUCCCAUGAAGUGUCAUGAAUACAUUCCAGGAGGGACAGAAGAAUAUGAAGAAUCAUUUUUACUCCAGAUGUUGCCUCAAAGGGAAGAGAUGGAAAUUGGGAUGGCGUUAAUGAGUUUUCUCUCGCAUCACACAUCUGAUGAGGUAUACUUGGGGGAGCGACAGCUGGAGCGGGAACGGGAGCGGCAGCGGCAGCGGCAGCCAACCUUUUGGUCCGAUGAUAAAGAUGUUAUUGAGAAUCUCUCGCAUCACACAUCUGAUGAGGCAUACUUGGGGGAGCGGCAGCCGCAGCUGCAGCCAACCUUUUGGUCCGAUAAUAAAGAUGUUAUUAAGAAGUUUAGUAUUUUCACUGAUGAGCUUGAGGGGAUUCAGAAAGAAAUCUUGAAGAAGAACAAAAGUUAUAAAUUGGCACAUCAUAGAUCAGGAGCUGCCAAGAUUCCAUACAAACUUCUGUACCCUGAUAUAUCUUCAGGUGGGAUCAAAGGUGGGAUCACAGCGAAAGGAAUCCCUAACAGCAUAUCCAUAUGAUGAAAAUUCUUUGGUAGUAUAUAGUGUUGUAGGAAAAAGCGUUGUGAAACAGAAACGCAAGAAUUUGAGAAUAAUUCUUACAGUACUGAAUAAAUUUUGUGUGUAGAU